GCUAAUGAAACAUCUUUGUACAGGGUUGAAGUGUGUUCCGGGAUUGCCAGUUUAUUAAUGAAGCAUGCAGACUUGUGUGGAACAAGACAGGCUGGGCCAAGCAUUUGAAGACGCUUUUGAGAUACUCAGGCAGCAUUCACUGGGAGAUUUCCAGUCCUCCCCAGAUUACAAAAAUUACCUGGCUUUCAUCAAUCAUUAUCCUUAUGUCAGAGGAAACUCCAACUGCUGCGAAGUGGUGCCUACAGAGGAAUCUGUUCAUAGUUGGAGAACGAUAAAAAACAGUGUUUCAGACCUCUAUCUUGAAGGGAAUGUCCACCAGUCUCUGCAGAAUGCAACUGAAAACCAAUUGGUGCAACCUGCUGUUUUCCCACAAAAAGGAGGAAAAGGCAGGAAGAAGCUCCGACUGUUUGAAUACCUUUACGAUUCCCUGUGUAAUCCUGAGAUGGCAUCCUGUAUUCAAUGGGUCGAUAAAAAUAAAGGCAUCUUUCAAUUUGUAUCAAAAAACAAAGAAAAACUGGCUGAACUCUGGGGAAAAAGAAAAGGUAACCGGAAGACCAUGACUUACCAGAAAAUGGCCAGAGCACUGAGGAAUUAUGGAAGAACUGGGGAAAUCACCAAAAUCCGGAGAAAACUAACUUACCAAUUCAGCGAGGCAAUUCUCCAAAGACUCUCUCCAUCUUAUAUCUUGGGGAAAGAGAUUUUCUACUCACAGUACCUUCAACCUGAUCAGGAAUAUCUCAGUUUAAAUGCUUGGAAUGCAAAUCACAACUAUACAUAUGCCAGUUACUAUGAGUUAAGUCACCCAGAUUGCUAAGUAACACCCUCCCAUUUCUUGGUAUCCUGGUUUUGAAAUUUCUACAAGCUUCAGGAUUUUUCUUGCAAAGCAAAUAUAGUCGGCUCUCCAUAUCCACAGUUUCCGCAGAUUCAGCCAGUCAGGAAUAACAAACAUUUGAAAAAAAAUUGCAUCUCUUCUAAACUUCUUGUCAUUAUUCCCUAAACAACACAAUGUAACAAUUUACACAGCAUUUACAUUGAGUUAGGCAUUAAAAGUAGUCUAGACAGCUCCUGCAUUUGCCAAUUUAAUUUCCUUUGGGUAAAUUCCAAGGAGUGGGAUGGCUGGGCUGUAUGGCAGGGCUAUAUUCAGGUUGCACCUGAAUGUUUGUUGCAGCUCAAUUCACAAUAGCUAGGGCAUGGAGUCAACCUAAAUGCCUAUCAACAGAAGACUGGAUAAAGAAAUUAUGGGGUGUGUACUCUAUGGAAUACUACAGCAGUAAAAAAAGAAGGCCGGUCAUUGCAGCAAAAUGGAAGAAUCUGGAAAACAUCAUGCUGGGUGAAAUAGGCCAGUCCCAAAGGGACAAAAAUCAUAUGUUCUCCCUGAUUGGUGACAGCUAACUGAGCACCUAAAAGGAAACCUGUUAAAGUGAAAUGGACACUAUGAGAAACAAUGACUUAAUUGGCUCUUGUCCUGACUGUUGAGGAACAACUCACUACUUUAUUCCUUUUGGUAUUUUUUUGUUCUACUUAAUACCAUUGGUUGAACUCUUUAAUUAACACACAAUUAUUCUUAGUCGUUUAAAUUUUUUUUUUUAUGCAACUGUGUUGGUAAUGGGUUUUCUUUCUUUCUUUUUUUUUUUUUUUUUUUUUUUUGACAGGCAGAGUGGACAGUGAGAGACAGAGAGAAAGGUCUUCCUUUUUGCCGUUGGUUCACUCUCCAAUGGCUGCCGCGGCCGGCACAGCACGCUGAUCCUAAGGCAGGAGCCAGGUGCUUCCUGCUGGUCUCCCAUGGGGUGCAGGGCCCAAGCACUUGGGCCAUCCUCCACUGCACUCCCAGGCCACAGCAGAGAGCUGUCCUGGAAGAGGAGCAACCGGGACAGAAUCCGGCGCCCCGACCGGGACUAGAACCCGGGGUGCCGGCGCCACAAGCAACUCAUAGAAUGGCAGAUGUCCUAAACAGCACUCUGGCCUCAGAAUCAGCCCUUAGGGCAUUCGGAUCUGGCUGAAAAGCCCAUGAGAGUAUUUCAGGCAUGGAAAGCCAAGACACUCUGGCAAAAAGAAAAAAAAAAAAAAAAAACCCACAAAAACAAAAACAAAAACCCUAAAUGAAAGAUCUCUGUGAGUGAGAUCCCAGUGGAAAGAACGGGCAUCAAAGAAGGAGGUGCCUUUCUCUAAAGGGAGGAGAGAACUUCCACUUUGACUAUGGCAUUGUCAAAAUAAGAUCAAAGUGGGCAAGCUCAGGGGGCUUCCACGCCUUGCCAACUCAUGACUAGAGCCUGGGGAGAUUGCUGACGCCUUAAACAAGGGUGUCAAAUUGUUAAGUCAACAACAGGAGUCACUGUGCACUUACUCCUCAUGUAGGAUCUCUGUCCUUAAUGUGCUGUACAUUGUGAUUUAAUGCUAUAACUAGUACUCAAACAGUAUGUUACACUUUGUGUUUCUGUGUGGGUACAAACUGUUGAAAGCUUUACUUAAUAUAUACUAAAUUGAUCCUCUGUAUAAAAAAUGAAUCUUGAUGUUAAUGGAAUGGGAGAGGGAGCGGGAAAUGGGAGGGUUUUGGGUGGGAGGGAAGUUAUGGGGGAGGAAAGCCAUUGUAAUCCAUAAACUGUACUUUGGAAAUUUAUAUUUACUAAAUGAAAGUUUAAAAAAUACGACCUAAAUGAAAAGAUCUCUGUGAAUGAGAUCCCAGUGGAAAGAACAUGCCAUCAGAGAAGGAGGUACCUUUCUCUGAAGGGAGGAGAGAACUUCCACUUUGACUGUGACCUUGUUGAAAUAAGAUUGGAGUUGGCGAACUCGGGAGGCUUCCAUAGCCUUGGUAGCUCAUAACAAGAGCCUUGGGUGAUUACUGACGUCGUAUAUUAGAGUGUCAAUUGUUAAAUCAACAACGGGAGUCACUGUGCACUUACUCCCCAUGUAGGAUCUCUGUCCUUAAUGUGUUGUACUAUGUGAAUUAAUGCUAUAACUAGUACUCAAACAGUACUUUAUAUUUUGUGUUUCUGUGUGGGUUCAAACUGUUGAAAUAUUUACUUAGUAUAUACUAAAUUGACCUUUUGUAUAUAAAGAUAAUUUAAAAUGAAUCUUGAAGCAAUCUGCACCUUAAUGUUUAUUGCAGCUCAAUUCACAAUAGCUAAGAUAUGGAAUCAACCUAAAUGCCCAUCAACAGUAGACUGGAUAAAGAAAUUAUGGGAUAUGUACUCUAUAGAAUACUAUACAGCAGUAAACAAUGAAAUCCGGUCAUUUGCAAUAAUAUGGAGGAAUCUGGAAAACAUCAUGCUGAGUGAAAUAAGCCAGUCCCAAAGGGACAAAUAUCAUAUGUUCUCCCUGAUCGGUGACAACUAACCGAGCACCAAAAAGGAAGCCUGUUGAAGUGAAAUGGACACUAUGAGAAAGAGUGACUUGAUCGGCCCUUGCCCUGACUGUUGAUGAACAACUUAAUACUUUAUCCCUUUUAGUAUUUUUUUUCUGUUUAUUCUACUUAAUACUGUUGGUUGAAUUCUGUAAUUAAUACACAGUUAAUCUUUGUGGGGAGCAACUGGGAGCAACUCGGACUAGACUAAGUUACUGGAAUUAAGACAUAUUCUAUGCAUCUGCUCUCCCACAAUAUGGCGCUAAGAAGGGAGAAACAGCUUCUGCACAGCUGCCUCCAGUUCAACCAAUAAGCAGCAGGAUCUGCUCCUGAUUGGAGGAGAGCAGCGUACUUGGCGUGUGGGUAGCAGAGUUGGGAUUGGUGGAAGAGGACUAUAAAGGAGGAGAGAGACAACAUGCACCAGGAACAUCUAAGGGGAACAUCUAUCUGAAGGAACACCUGUGCAGCCCCCAAGAGAGCCGGCCGGCAGUGUGCUGCUCCCCUGCGAAAGUGGGGAAAGUGGCUAGGGGGAACUGCCCUUCCACAGAGGUGGAAGGGACGGUAGCCAACCCGGGAAGAACCAGCAGCAAACCCGGGGAGGGCCGAGCAGACAAAAGAACAGCGCAGGGUCCUGUGUCGUUCCUCCACGAAGAGGGGGAGUGACAAUCUUAAGUGUUGAAACUUAACUGAAAAGUGAUCCCUGUUAAAUAUAAGAGUGGGAAUAGGAGAGGGAAGAGAUGUACAAUUUGGGACAUGCUCAAGCUGACUUGCCCCAAACGACAGAGUUAGAAACAUACCGCGGGAUUCCAAUUCAAUCCCAUCAAUGUGGCAUGUACCAAUGCCAUCUCACUAGUCCAAGUGAUCAAUUUCUGUUCACAAUUGAUCAUAAUGAUAGGACUAAGAGUCAAAGGGAUCACAUAAACAAGUCUAGUGUCUGCUAAUACUAACUAAUAGAAUAAAAAAGGGAGAGAACGAUCCAACAUGGGAAGUAGGAUACACAGCAGACUCAUAGACUAACGGAUGUCCUAAACAGCACUCUGGCCUCAGAAUCAGCCCUUAAGGCAUUCGGAUCUGGCUGAAAAGCCCAUGAGAGUAUUUCAGGCAUGGAAAGCCAAGACACUCUUUGGGAAUAAAAAAUGACCUAAAUGAAAGAUCUCCAUGAGUGAGAUCCCAGUGGAAAGAACAGGUCAUCAAAGUAGGAGGUACCUUUCUCUGAAGGGAGGAGAGAACUUCCACUUUGACUAUGACCUUGUCUAAAUAUGAUAAGAGUCGGUGAACUCAAAAGGCUUCCAUAGCCUUGGCAACUCAUGACAAGAGCCUAGGGUGAUUACUGACACCAUAAACAAGAGUGUCAAUUUGUUAAGUCAACAACAGGAGUCACUGUGCACUUACUCCUCAUGUAGGAUCUCUGUCCUUAAUGUGCUGUACAUUGUGAUUUAAUGCUAUAACUAGUACUCAAACAGUAUAUUACACUUUGUGUUUCUGUGUGGGUACAAACUGUUGAAAGCUUUACUUAAUAUAUACUAAACUGAUCUUCUGUAUAUAAAGAGAAUUGAAAAUGAAAAAAAAAAAGAAAAUGAAUCUUGAUGUGAAUGGGAUGGGAGAGGCAGUGGGAGAUGGGACAACUGCAGGUGGGAGGAAUGUUAUGGGGGGGGGGAAAGCCACUAUA